AUGCCACGCUCACCCGUGCUCUUCCUGCUGCUCCUUCUGCUGCAGCCGCAGCCGGCACCGGGCCUCGGGCUCCGCGGCGCGGGCGGCCAGAGCCCCGAGUGCUAUCCGUGCCGGCCGGAGCGCUGUCCCGAGCCCGCGCGCUGCCCCGCGCCCAGCAUCGCGGCGCGCGACGAGUGCGGCUGUUGCGCGCGCUGCCUCGGCGCCGAGGGCGCGAGCUGCGGGGGGUGGGCCGGCGCGCGCUGCGGCCCCGGGCUGGUGUGCGCGAGCCGCGCCGCGGGGGCCGGGCCCGAGGGCACUGGGCUCUGCGUGUGCGCGCAGCGCGGCGCCGUCUGCGGCUCCGACGGCCGCUCGUACCCCAGCGUUUGCGCGCUGCGCCUGCGCGCCCGGCAGGUGCCCCGCGCGCACCACGGCCACCUACACAAGGCGCGGGACGGACCCUGCGAAUUUGCUCCUGUGGUCAUCACUCCACCCCAGAGUGUUCACAACGUCACCGGGGCACAGGCGUCCCUGUCCUGUGAGGUGAGAGCUGUGCCUGCCCCAGUUGUCACAUGGAGGAAGGUCACACGGUCUCCUGAGGGCACCCAGGUGCUGAAGGACCUGCCUGGGGACCACGUCAAUAUAGCUGUCCACGUGCAAGGGGGCCCUUCUGACCACGCAGCCACAGCCUGGGUUUUGAUCAACCCUCUGAGGAAGGAAGACGAGGGGGUGUACCAGUGCCAUUCAGCCAACGCGGUAGGGGAGGCCCAGGCGCACAGCACAGUCACCGUAGUGGAUCGGAGCCAGUACAGAGCCGCCCGCUUCCCGGGUCCAGAUGACCACAUGUGAGGGGCGUCUUAGAAACAUUGAUUACAGGACGAUGGAAAAGUCGUCAUGGAUCUUUUUUGCUUUGUGAAGAAUUGGAAGAACUGUGUUUGUAGAUAACCACUUUUGUAUGUUUUUAAAAAUUAGAUGCAAACUAGAUUCGUAUACAGAUGUAGUUUUUAGCAGGGCAAACAUUGGGAAGACAGACUGCAUGUAGCCUUUUUAUACUUCUGAAAUGAAUAGCUCUGUGAGAAUUCUUUUUUUAACUUCUCCCUCCGAGGGAAGGUCACGUUAGGUAUAUUUGUAAUUCUAAAGGGCUGGACCGAGGCGUGUGUCAGCUGUGACUCUUUACCUCAUUUGUCUAGGGCUGAUUAGUGAUUUAGUAUGUGUUGUAGGAAGAGGGGGGAGGGUCCUGCUGUCCUCUGCCUGACCUCUCCAACUUUGCUGUGUGACCUGGGUAGGUCCCUCCCUCUCUGGGCCUUGGUCUCUUCAGCUGUGAAUGUGGUAUUUGGACUGGAUGUUACCCAUGUCCCUUCAAACACUGCCAUCCUGGAGUAAGAUGGUCCUACAGAAAAAAUAUGGGAAGUGUAGUCUUAGCAUUCUUUUAAAAAUAAUAUUCCCUCAAAAACAAAUGCCAUUGCUUCAUAUGAAGGUGUAGACAGCUGUUAUUCCUGCUGUAUUCCCAUUUUAAAGAGACUUAGUCCUAGAUGGAGCACUUAACCAGACUCAGGGCCCCUUGGCUGGGCAUCUGGGGACCAAGAUGUCCACUUAUUAACAAGCCCAGCAUUCUCUAACCAAGCUGGCAGUGGAGACCUGGCUUUUGGACAUCAAACUGUAAAAAUGGGGUCAACUGCUCUCUCUGGGCUGUGGAAUUAGAGUGGAGUAGAAUACAUUUUACUUAGAGAUGUUUUGACCUUACCCAGAAAUAAAGCUUUCUUUCUUUCCUUUUAAUCAAGAAAGAAAAAAGAAUAUUUAAUAUCUAGCCUAAAAAAAUAGACCCCCUAGGUGACUAAAAUUUUUUAAAAUCAGAAUUGGGAUCUCACAUGUGGAUAGUUGUUAAAUUUCAAGAAACACUGUUCUAUCUGUGGUCACUUCCCAUCUCUGGGACGGCAGGCAGGAUGAGCAUUAAUGUCCCUCCCCCUUUACAGAUGAAGAAAACCAGGCUCCGAGAGUAAAGGCAUGCCUGAGGCCUGAAAGCCUCUGAGAAGGACUGGAGCUGAGGGCGCCCGGUCCUCUUUGGCACCCUUUCCACUCCAUGGUGCUGCUUCUCAGAACAAUCUUGUAACUAUAGAAAGGAAGAUGCUGCCAGUUCCACAGGUUUCAGGGAUUCUCCUUAAGGUCCAUCUCAACUUUUAAAGCAACAUUCUCAAGCCGCUCACACUGGGCACUGCAUUUUGGAGUCCUUUCUGGAAUUGCAUUUUCUGCCUUUAAGCCUGGCUGUUCCACAUCUGAAAUGCUGAGGUGGCAUCACCCUGACAAACAUAGCAGGAGGGUGGCCCAGGAAUCCAGAAACAUGAGGUCCAUUUGGGAAUUCACCCCUAUCUUUCUGGGUGACCCUGAGCAAGUCCCCUUCACUUUCUGGACCUCGAUUCCUCAUUUGAAUAAGAAGGGAAUGAAACUAGAUGGGUGGUUUUCAAACUUUAAAACAUUGGAACCCCUUCUUCGAAUAAAGUCAAAAUUGAAGUUGAUCAAAAGAGAAGCUGUCCUUGUCUUGGAGGUUGGGCCUUCCAGGGGAUCUGCUCACGUCCCCUCCCUACUCGGCUCCCUCAAACCCCACAGCAGCGAUUUCCAUAUCUAAGUCUGCAGUUAAUUCCUCUGUGAUUUGAGUGGUUGGGAGAUGGCUUGGGAAGAGACUUAGUGAAACCGUGUCAGAGGAAUAGGGAACUGUAGAGAAGGUAGUAGAACAAUAUCAUGCAUCUGCUAAUAAGCACAUUCAGCAAAAUCAGUUGAAUCACCUCAAAUUUGCCCAGUCAAAAUUGGAGAGCUGGAUGUGGACCCAAAGAGCAGGGUAGAUGGAGCCCCGGGGUGACAGGGCUGAGCAUCAAGACUGCAGGAGGCUGGGUGUAGCAUCAUAAUGAUGUACAAAAGAUAAUAAUAAUGUUACACUGUCUGAAGUUUUCACCAAAACCAAAAAGGUAGGUUAGCAUGAUUGUUCCAACCUAAUGACUUUUCAACUGUGAGAGCCCCAAGACCUCUCAGAGGCUAAGCGAAUGUAUGCUGUGGCUUUUAUCAUUUGGAAACAUGAUGCCCUCAGAGC